AUGACGUUAACAGUUAACUAUUGCAACGGGACAAUCUAUGCUUACUUCUGCUUCCCUAAUUCCAAUGUGAUAGCUACGGCUGCAGCACUAGGAUAUCGCGCGCCUGAGCUCUCGAAACUCAAGAAGGCUAACACAAAAUCUGAUAUAUACAGCUAUGGUGUGAUCUUGCUGGAAAUCUUGACAGGAAAGUCACCUGGUGAAACUAGGAAUGGCUUGGAUUUGCCUCAGUGGGUUGCUUCUAUUGUCAAAGAAGAGUGGACAAAUGAGGUUUUCGAUUCGGAUUUGAUGAGGGACAAGGCAUCAUCCUCAACAGUUAAUGAUGAGUUGCUUAACACCUUGAAGCUUGCUUUGCACUGCGUUGAUCCUACACCGUCACCACGGCCGGAAGCUCACCAAAUUCUCCAGCAGCUAGAAGAGAUUAGACCAGAGUUACCACCAGUUAGCCCUGGAGAAGAGUCUUGGCAUCAUGUUUAGGCCAAUCUUUUUCCAUGGAAUUAUAUAGUCUAUUUCUAUUAUUGUUAUGAUUAUUAUUCUUUCAUUCUUAUGUUGAUUUUGAAUGUUUGAGUGCUCAUGUCUGUACAUACUUCUAUGUUUUAUAUAGUAAGUGUUUCCUUUUUCAUUCUUACAUUAA